GCGUUGUGAAGGCACAACAACAGAAGUUGCGUGUGUAGAUAGCUAGUAGCAGCAGCAACGUUACCUCUGAAUAGUGUGGAGGUAUCGGUAUUGAAAAUGUCGAUAUUCACGCCAACCAACCAGAUUCGACUGACAAAUGUGGCAUAUGUCAGGAUGAAGAAGGGUGGAAAGCGAUUUGAAAUAGCCUGCUACAAGAAUAAAGUCAUGAGUUGGAGAUCCGGAGCGGAGAAGGAUUUAGAUGAAGUCCUACAGACAAAUACAGUGUUCAUCAAUGUGUCGAAGGGUCAGGUGGCAAAAAAGGAGGAUUUGUCCAAAGCAUUUGGGACAGACGACUUGACAGAAAUAUGCAAACAAAUUUUGUCAAAAGGAGAACUUCAAGUGUCAGACAAAGAGCGACAGAGCCAGCUCGAGCAGAUGUUCAGAGACAUCGCCACAAUAGUGGCCGAGAAGUGUGUCAAUCCAGAGACCAAGCGUCCAUACACUGUCAACCUCAUAGAGAGAGCCAUGAAGGACAUCCACUACUCAGUCAAAGCAAACAAGAGCACAAAACAGCAGGCUCUGGAGGUGAUCCGGCAGCUGAAGGAGUCCAUUCAGAUCCAGCGGGCUCACAUGCGCCUGCGCUUCAUCCUGCCCGCUAAAGAUGGCAAGCGGAUCAAGGAGAAACUCAAGACCCUCCUCAAGGUGGUGGAGAGCGAGGACUUUGAUGACCAGCUGGAGAUGGUGUGUCUGAUUGAUCCAGGCUGCUUCCGGGAGAUUGACGAGCUGAUCCGCUGUGAGACCAAAGGCAAGGGCACUGUUGAAGUCCUCAGCCUCAAGGAUGUGGAGGAGGGAGACGAAAAGCUGGAGUAGCGCAUCACUUCCUGUCUCUCAGACCCCAUUACACCGUCUGGCUGUGAGGAGGGAAAACCUUUUAAUUUACUCCGUCUUGCUAAGGAAACCUAAUUUUAUCGCUUCUGCAAGGUCCACUGUGGAAUAUGCUGUUAUUUUCUGUGAAAAUUGUACAAUAGCUUUUCAGGGGAGAUAAUUAAAAAAGAAAACAAAUGUCCAUGUGCUUCUCACUGAUCAAUACUAGAAACUGAAUACCCAGCAUGACUUUUUAAAAGAAUGAUCACACAAUAGAGCCACAACCUAACUGUGCCUUGCUGAAAAUCUUAUCACGCUCCAAAGGUGACUGGGGCGAAGAAAGUGUUCACAAUAGUCAAAAACCACAGUGUAUGACAGCAUAGCAAUGCUUGAGUGCUAGAAGAGAUGAAGUUGAAGAGAUGUCACACUAAAAACUGUGUCAGUGUCAGAGCAUGAUGCAUCAUCAGGUGGUUCAGUCAUUACAAUGUGUAUUGCCAUUGAAAUAUGCCAUUAUUAACACCACUUAAAGUAUAUGUGAAUGGAUACUCAUUGUAUACAUGUACACCAUUAAAUAUAUACACUAUUA